UGUAGGCGCUGUUCCAAGCAAGCUGCAAAAACACAAAUCGAUUGUUUAUUUUGUGUUUGUUUACAUUUUGCAAGCGAAUAAAUGGCUUCGACUUUGCUAUCGCCUAUGGUGGAUUAUUACAAUGACGAGGAAGAACUUGAUAGCGUGGAUGACGACGAUGAUCGGAGUUUCAGGGGAAGAGACUCGGAAGAAGACACAGAAGAUGCCAGUGAAACAGACCUUGCCAAGCACGACGAGGAUGACUACGUUGAAAUCAAAGAGCAAAUGUACCAAGACAAACUGGCCUCUCUGAAAAGACAGUUGCAACAAUUACAAGAAGGUACACUGCAGGAGUACCAGAAGAGGAUGAAGAAGCUGGACCAGCAGUACAAAGAGAGACUCCGGAAUGCAGAUCUGUUUCUCCAGCUUGAGACAGAGCAGGUGGAGAGGAACUACAUCAAGGAGAAGAAGGCAGCGGUGAAGGAGUUUGACGAUAAAAAAGUCGAACUGAAGGAAAACCUAAUUGCAGAACUGGAGGAGAAGAAGAAAAUGAUUGAGAAUGAAAAAUUAACAAUGGAGCUGACAGGCGACUCAAUGGAGGUAAAACCUAUCAUGACUCGGAAACUGAGGAGACGGCCCAACGAUCCAGUCCCAAUACCAGACAAACGGAGAAAACCUGCACCAGCUCAGCUAAAUUAUUUGUUAACAGAUGAACAAAUAAUGGAAGAUCUAAGAACACUUAAUAAGCUUAAGUCACCAAAACGGCCAGUGUCUCCCUCGUCUCCGGAGCAUGUUCCCUCCGCUCCCAUGGAGAACCCCUCCCAGCGUUACGAGGCCCGCAUCGAGGAGGGGAAACUUUACUACGACAAAAGAUGGUACCACAAGAGCCAGGCCAUCUACCUGGAGUCAAAGGACAACACAAAGAUUAGCUGUGUCAUCAGCUCAGUGGGGACCAACGAGAUUUGGGUGAGGAAGACGAGCGACAGUACAAAGAUGAGGAUCUACCUGGGACAGCUGCAGAGGGGAGCGUUUGUCAUCCGUCGACGGUCGGCUGCGUGAAACAUUACCCCACCCCUCCCCGCCCAACCCCCAUCUGUUCAAUUAUCCAUCCAUCCACCCACUUGUUCAUCCACCGUUUCCCUAUUUGGUGCAUCUAAUUUGAGUUUGACAUGUGGCCUCUUAUUUUUCAUCAUAUACAUCAUCCCUAAUGCAGUCCUCCGUGGCCAAGAAUGUCUCAUCGGAAUUUAUCUGUUUUUCCACGUAAACUGAAUGCAAGUCUGGUAAUUGUGGUCAUAUAUACAGCUGACUGUUUCCCAGCAUUAUUUGUCACUGUGUGGCAUGAGCGUGAAGGCAGUCACUGGCCAUAAAGGAGCACACUCGGAUUUUUGUCAUCCUGUCAACACAAAUCUUUUCUACACCAUCCAGUCGUAUUUACGUUUCUCAUUAAGUUAUUUUUCUGGAACGGCCUCCUGUUGACCCACAGAAGCUGUCUUCAGGCCUUUAAAACUGUCUCACUGAUGACAGGUAACAGUGCAAGCACUGGAAAACCCAUGAGGAACUGCUUACAGGUUAUAGUCACAGUUUUCUUACACCAGGAACCACGUCAUUUUCAAAAGAAUACGUCUUUUGCACUGUCAUCAAGAAAUGGAGGCUGCUUGCAAUGCUAAUGGUUUUCCUAAUAAUGUCAUUAAAAGUCCUUUGUAUUAAACCUUUAAUUUGUUAUUUGAAACAUUGUUUUUUUUUGCAAUUUUAUGUGAUCCUCUCCAUAUGUCAACGAUCUGGAUGAGUUCAGCUGCCUUUGCAUGUGGACCAUUGAGUUGACUGUUGAUUUGUACUGUGUUGCAUUUUAUUAAAAUGUUCUCUGCCUUU